AUGACUACGAACAAUUGGACAGCAUUAUGGGGGCUGUGCAAAGCACCCGCAGCGGUUAAGGAGGCCACGGCGCCUAACUGUAUUCGGAUCUCGAAUCCUCGAGUACUCACCAAAUCUCUCAGUUCCCCGCCUCAAGAUAUCGCUUGCAACUUCCUCUUACCCCGCUACUGUACUCAAAUACCUCGACCUACCCCGCGCACAAUGUGCAUUCGAUCCCUCGGCGUGAUACUCUUCACCCUUCGCAAAUCGAAAGAAGAUGAAGAGGAACUCGAUCGUUGGCCGCCGCGAGAAACGGUUUUACCUCUCAAACCUGUCGUGAGGGAACAAGUUUCGGUCAUGCCUCCGUCGAGACAAUUUGUUGGUGGAAGUGGGCCGGGGGAGGGCUUGGAGGUGGAGGGGAUGGACAAAGGCAAGCUGGGGUUAGAGAGUGGCCAUUGGGGUAAGAGCACCUGA